CCGAAGGAUGUGAACCCGUUCAGCGUGCUUAUCAGUGACGUCACGGUCUCGUGCAACAGGCUUGGGAGCGUUUCGAUACAACUGAUGAUCCACCUGGAGCAGAGCAACACCGACGGCCGACGGACUGCAGGUUGAGACGGCAGCAUGGGAGGUUUCUAUUCCAGCGAAAAGAUGGCAGGAGUUUUCUCCUAUGAGAGUUCAGAAAUCGACUGGUGUGAAGACAACUACAAACACUCCGAACAUAUAGUGGAGUACUUCAACACUAUCAGCAGCUUUUUCUUCUUCAUUAUAUCUCCCAUCAUGCUCUAUCUUCUGCACCCCUAUGCCAAAGAGAGGAACCUAGCGAUUCACAUGGUCUGGACCAUGAUGAUAUUUGUCGGUCUGUUCUCAGCGUACUUCCACAUGACACUUAGUUUCGUUGGCCAGAUGUUAGAUGAGCUGUCCAUCCUGUGGGUGUUGGCGAUGGUAUAUGCAGUCUGGUUCCCCCGCAGACUCUUCCCUUCUUUUAUUAAAGACAGGUCCGCAUUUUCAAUUCUUGUCCUGGUGGUUACUAUCGUAUCCACGCUUUCAUCAUUUGUCAAACCUACAGCCAACGCCUACGCUUUAAACUGCUUUGGCCUUCACAUGGUUUACGUUCUGGCUGUUGAGAUGAGAUGCUGCAAUGACCAGAAAGCUUUGCGUCUCUGCAAGCUGUCGAUGGUUGUGUGGGUGCUCGCCAUCUCCUGCUGGAUUAGUGACCGCUUUGGCUGCAGCUUCUGGCAGAGUUUAAAUUUCUGCUACCUGCACGGUAUCUGGCACAUUCUAAUAGUGAUAGCAGUGGCCUAUGGCAGCACCCUGAUAGCUUACAUUGAUGCCAUCUACGAGAUCCCGUAUUCUCUGCCGGGACUGCAGUACUGGCCCUGUGAUAAAUGGGCUAUUGGAAUACCUCACAUUGUCCUGAAGGGCACGACCAAAACACAGAAACGGUGCUAACAAAGUAAUGUGUAACGUCGGCAGAACAUUUGCAUCAGAACGCAUCACCAAUACAGGUGUUCAUGGAUGCUUCUUACCUUAAACACACACUCUGGGAGGAAAUAGUCACUUUCAAUCAAAACAUAGGAUUAUGACUUGAUUGCAUAGGUUAAGAUUGUUUUCUGAUUCCGUUAGAAUAUUGUUUACACUAAAGCUGCAUUACCAAAUGGGCUUGCUGGGGUCUGAGGGGUCAGGAGGCCCUAUGAGAUGAGUUUUAACAGGUUUUAACAGAACUAAUUUGCACCUUAACCUUUGAAAACAAACAUAUUCAUAGUUGUUCUGAACAUUCACUCUGAAAAUGGGGGGGGGGGGGAGCUUGCCAGGAUAGAGAGAGAGGGCUAAUAGUUUUAAUAUUGGGAUUAGCAGCACAUAUUUUCAGACAGGAAGGAGGCAAUAAAUCCUGGAAGACAUUCAUACUGUUGCCUUACAUCGCGCACAUAAGAAAGUGGUAGAAAUAUUUGUGAUCAUAAUAAAAAGGGGGAGCUUAGGAGAAAAGUGUAAAGCCUGGCUUUUUUUUCUCACCCAGACAGCCACAGUGUGAGGGUGUAAAGGUUUGUAGCAUGUUUAUUUUCUCCUGAACAGGAAAAACAGGAUUUGUAAAUGAAUAAGAUAUUGAUAGAUGAGUAAAUUAUUAAAAUCAAGAGUUUUAUUUCACUAUAGGCCAAGAUUAAAAACAUAAAUGAUGCUCUAUAACAAAUUGUUAGAUCGAACUGUGUUUUGUGUCUUUGCCAAGAGGCCCAUUGUUUAAUAAGUCCUCUAUUUUUUACUCUAAUAACCACAGGGCUAUUGCAAUUGUUGAUAUAUGAGAAACACAACAUAUGUGUUAUCAUCUACAGUAUUUAUCGAAGUAAAAAUAAAAUGUAAUUAAAAUAUAAACAUUGUUUAUGUUA